GCAAUGGAAAAGAUAAGAAAGAUGGUAUGGUGUUGGCAACAUCUCAAAAGGCAGUCGAUAUCGUUGCUAGCAGAUACCACUCGCUCGCGCUCUCACGGCAAUCGUUUAGCCACAAAAGUGCAGAUGCAGAGUAGAUCACACGAAGAGGGGGAGGGGAGAAUUUCCAUCACUGUAGCUCCUAAUCAAUUCCUUCAACGAUUUCCUCAAUGAUUGAUUCUUGCAACAGCAUGCUCUUGCCGACUUUAUUCCCAUUUCUGCGUGGUUUUUGAUCAGGAGUUUGAUGAGCUAUCUUCGACAAUUGUGGGAAUGGGAAUGGGGAACAUUCUGUUUUACUUGUAAUGUGAGGAAUUCUGGUGAUCUAGUGCUGUAAGUCCAUAAUUAUUAUUCUUCAGUUCGAGAUUUCAAGUUCAUGGCGCGAAAAAAUUGCUCUGGUGUAGGGAUUUUUCUUGUCGACGAGCACUAUUGUGGCGUUUGGCUACAUUAGUGUUUGGGUUCAGAUGACGAAAAUAUAUGUUCGUUGAGGCAGUAUGGAACUGAUGGUCGAUUCUUAAACUACUGAUCGUAUCACUUGUUCAGAAUUCGUCAGUCAUAUCAGGGGAGCAAGAUUGCUAUGUCUGAAUUGGCUGAUUGUUGGGCUUAUCGAAGUAGAAUGAUUGAGUAGUCCAAGGACAUUACUAGUUUAUUUAACUCUUUUGUACUCCAUAACUGAUGAAAUGGGAAAGGAAAAUUUGUUGCAGUGUGUUGAUGAAAAAGCUGAAGUGAAUGGUUGUUCAACAAUUGGGAAUGAUGAAGAUUUGGGUUCUCAGUCUCGCCAUAGUGUAGGCAAGGAAUUUGGGGCAAGUUGUCGUGUGUGUCAAUGUACUGAAUCGGACAGAAGGGGUGAUGCUGCCUUAGGAUUUCUUGGCAUCACUUCUCCGAAAAUGGAAGCAAGAAAAAACGACGAGGAUUCUAAGCCCGAGAAGCAAAGUGUAAAAAAUGUUAAAAGGGAUUCUGGUUCAAUUGAGUUCAUAGGUCCUAAUGGGGAGGUUUUCAUUUGCAAAGCUGAUAUUGAAAUGGGUUCAUGUCAUUAUGAAGAUGCAUUAGUCGAGCUUGGAUGUUCUUGCAAGAGUGACCUUGCUCUCGUACAUUAUGCGUGUGCUCUCAAGUGGUUUGUCAAUCAUGGAUCUACAGUUUGUGAAAUCUGUGGAUGUGUUGCAGAAAAUAUUAGAACUAAUGACUUUAGAAAGGUUGUGAGUUCUUUGAAGGAAUAUGAAGCUUUAAGGGAAAGAACUGCUAAUGGGGAACCUAAUCCUAUGCAUACUAAUACCGGUACUGAUAUAGAUCCUGAUGCUGUUGCUGCCAUCCGCAGGCAGCGACUUUGUGAAAUCUCAUUGUGGUUUAGUCCUCAUAAUUAUAGUAGCAACAAUAAUUCUACUGCAGCCUCCCAGGUUGCUUUGGAACAUCCGAAUAUCAUCUCGGAAAAUGUUAUUAAUGCUGAAAAUCCUGCAACCAGAUGGGCUGUUGAGGGUACUGGAAUUCUCCUUGCUACUGGACUGCUUACUGUGACGCUCGCUUGCCUAAUAGCUCCUCGUCUGGGGAAGAAAACAGCUAAAAGUGGCCUUCACAUUCUUCUUGGAGGAGUUUGUGCGUUAGCCGUGGUUGUUUUCUUCCGCUUUUUUGUGCUUACCAGGAUAAAAUACAGUCUUGCACGAUAUUGGGCUAUUUUGUUCAUCUUUUUGUUCCUGGUGUUGUUCGGCAUUUGGGCAUCGAGGACACAUGGUGCUCGUACGACGUAAUUCGGUACAUUAUGUACAUUCUAUUUGAUCUUUUUUUCCAUUCUCCACUUUAUUAAGGCGAUCUCACAAAUAUAGAAUUGUUUAGUACUUAGUUAAGGUACCAAUAUCAUGAAAUAUAUCCUAUAGGGUUUUGAUUUUAUGUUAUGUUUUAGGUUGUCUGAGUAUGAAGUUGACAUUGGGAAAGGUAGUUAAGUAUUCGACAGGAUACAAAAUACCCUUUACCUCUGUUUCCUUGCAUCAGAGCUCAUUUUUUAUUUGUUAAAAGGAUUUUCAAUUCUUUUUAAAAAAAUUGGUAAAUUUUUCUCAUUUCUGAAGUGUUCAGAAGAAAUUCUGGUAUGUAUAUGCAAAAAUAAGUAAAUAGAACAGAUACUAGCUGCCUUGGCUUAAAAUGGUUCAUGAAUGAUGAUUUAAUUAGAAGAUCUGCUAUACAUCAUUUCUUUCUAAAUUUGGGACGAAAUUUCUCUCACUCUUUCUGUCUUAAAUUAAAUACUUUAGAAAAACUAAAACAUAACAGUAUUCUAAAGACAUGCGAAUGAAAUUACUUCAAGGCUAUUAAUUAAUUUUUGGUUGCUAGUAGCGUGAUUAUCUGCUUUUAUUUCGACUUUGCUCUUUAAGUGUGUAGUACUUGGCAACUGUACUGAUAUAAAGUAGCUGAAGUUGGUAUGAAUUUUUUUUUGCUCUUCCCUAAAUUGAAUGAGAAAAAAAAAAUGAAUGAAGAUGUGGUGUAAUGGCGUGCCUGUGAGGACAUUGGCCCUCAAGUGGAGUGGAUUGUGGGACUCCACGUCGGUUGGAGAGGGGAACAAAGCAUUCCUUAUAAAAGUGUGGAUGCCUUUCCCAGGUGGACACAUUUUAAAACCUUGAGGGGAAGUCCAAAAAUGAAAGCUCAAAAAAGACAAUAUCUGUUAGCGGUAGGCUGGACUGUUACAUUCACAAUGGAGGUGGUCCGUGUUGGUAAACAUCCUCUUUGGUAGAUUUUUAGGCCGAGUUAACUUGAAUGUUUAGUGCAUGUUUGAGACAAUAAUAUUCGGAAGGAUUGAAGUGAGUCAACAUGGUUAGAGGAUAUGCCACAGAGGAGAGGAAAUGCUGGAUACUAUUGUGCUACGUGCAAACAUCUUUUGAUACACUAUAUGAAUCAUUGAAUUAGUAUUGAACCAGAUGUAAUUAUGAGUCUACGUACUCAAUUUGAGCAUAGUUUAAUUGUUCAA